AUGGACAUUUCAACGACUCCGUGGUCUGGAUGGGAAGAUGAUGAAUCCGAUUCAAAGGAACGCGUACGUGAGCAACUGAGUGAGAUGCGACCGCGCGAAAACGGAGAUGUAGGGGAGGAAAAUGAGCGGAAACAGGCACCGAAAAGGAAAAGAGGAAGGCCCAGGAAAAAUGCCGAUGGGAUGAAGAAGCCACAGGCAAAGCGAAGAAGCCGCGCCAAACGUGACAGCUCUGAAAGCACUGGGGAUUUUAGUGUUGAUGAUGACGAUAUAGAAGACGAGGAGGAAGACGAACUAGAAGAGCCCGAGGACGAUCCUAAUGACCCGGAAUUUGAACCAGGUCGUAGGACUAGUCGGCGACAGCGGAAACCUGUGAAAACUUACAACACGAAAGCCCUCUUAAGGGAAGAGAUGUCUAAGGCAAGAGAAUCAUUUAAAGGCGCAAGCCGUGGUCGAGGACGACCUCGUGGUAGCAAUCGAAGAGCCCCAGAUUUGAGUUUCCUUGAUGAUGAUAGAAGAUCAAGUGUUGGUGAUGCUAAUGAGUACGAGAAACUUCUACAGCAAGAAGUGUCCCUAUAUGAGCAACACCUUCCAACACUUCCACCGGUGGUUCCUGUUCCAAGCCAGAGGUUAUACGUAGUUCGAGUUGACUCAGUUGAAGCUCUGGUAAAUGCUGGUGCAGGAUUUCGUCUUAUGACUAGCUGUGUGACGGAUGAUAUGAUGGUCUCACUUUUCCACCUCACUACGGAUAGAUACUUUGUUAAUAAUAAUGCUGAAGAUGUAGUGCAACUUGCCCAAGUACUUCGACAUGUGUGGAACCAGUUGCCUUUAAAGAAGCGCCUUGCGUGGGAAAAAGCGGCACGUAAAGUAGCUUUGGAAAGUCAUACUGAAAGAGAUGAUGGAUGCUCUACAGAAGAUGAGAAUGUGCAUGUACGGAAAGAUGUCAUGCCGGUGCGAGAAUUUCCAUUUUAUGUGAAAGACGACCACAGUCAGCUCCCCAGCGACAAGUCGUGGCGUUUACAAGCAGUGAAUGGGCCGGCCAUUGCGGAUAUGGCCCGGAAACAACGACCAAUUGAAAGCUCUUGCUGUGAUGUGCGCGAGACCUGGAAAUCAUUUAUCAACGUGCAGUCUCAUCUGUUGGCUGGUCACUACACCGCUAUGUUUUAUGCGUGUCAUUUUUGCGGAGUAUUGUAUCAUUCGGUAGAAACACUCCUCGGACACGCUGACUGUCCAAGGUGGACGAGUAUGUUGCUGAAUCAAAUGGUUAAAGGUGGAGGGAAGCAGAUUAGAAAAGUGGAAAUGAAGGUUGCUUAUCUUUUCAUGGUAUGUACAGACUGCGGGUUAUGGUUACCGAUACGAGUUAACUAUCCACCUGAUCGACUUCCGAAAGCAUGGUGUUUCUUUGCUACGGUUAUGGAAAGUCAUUCUUGUAAAAAGUUGGUACCGCUGAUAGUGUAUAUGGCGGAUAAUAUGGAUAUGCCCUCCAGAGAUGCUCGUCUUCUCGUUCAUUUCGUGCCUUCUUUUCUAAAGGACUUUCCGAUUUCAUGUGAAGAGUGCCAAAUCGACGCAUUUCCCACUCCUGAUGAGAUGGAUAUGCAUUUCCAUAGAGUUCAUCACAUAAAAUUUAAAUGCACCAAAUGUGGUGAAUGCAGUGGCACUGAGAUGUACCAUAAAGCACAUCUCGCAUCACAUUUAUCUGACUCUCUGUUACUUGCUGACUAUUUACGUACAAGUUGCACGUUUUAUCCACCACCACAUUGUCGUGGACCGCCAGUGGUGGGUGCAGACAGGCUCACUGCUGCUAGUGGAGGAAUUUCCACAACUCUAACUCCUUCCCCGCUGGGACAUGAUUUGAUUGAUCACUGUGAACCCUUAGUCGAGCAGAAGAUUAUGAAUUGCAUUGACAACGCUAAAGUGUCCACAGCUUUGUCAGAGGAAGAAAGUGAGGAGGAAGAAGACAAUUCUAGGCAGCGGCCUGACAUGGGAUUUGAACAAUAUGAGUACAGUGAACUAGAAAUUACACACGAUGAAAAAGAAGCUAAGAAACAAAUAAAUGAAUACUUUCAUAAGAUCAACGGCACCAGUGAUCCUGAUGACGCUGUACUAGACUGGCGUACUAGGGUGAACAACUAUAAGAGUGUUGUGGAUAUUCUGAAGAAUCCCGUCAAGAAAUCGAUAAAUUUGGCUAAAGCACCGGAAUCGACAGGUUGCGACGUGUUUGCUGACAUGUUAGUUGCGAAAUUCACAAAGAGAAUUUCGCUACCGAUUUCAGCCUGUAUGGAAUUACUAUCAGGAAAUUUGUUUUUGAGAAGGUACAUGUACUGCACCGCCUGUAAUACCAUUCUCGCCUCUCAAUCUGGAAUUGAUGCCCACAGCAAAUCGAAAUGUGGAGUAGAGACUCUUGUCUCAUUAUACUGCCCACCGGCUCCAGUUUAUUCGGAAGUGGAAUGCCCAAGUUGUUCAGCCACCUUAUGCUCGAUAUCAGCUUUUCGUGCGCAUAUGGCGAUAAAACAUGGAAUCUAUGUUGAGUACAAGGCUGGAAACCAAAUAGGGUUACUAUCUGAAAGCAGUGCCAGCUUGCAAGAUAUUGCCUCACGAUUCCCUGACAUCAGAUCAGCAGUGGCCCGUGAUACGGACAGUGCCCUAUGGUUACGUUAUGGCAUACUGCAACCAAGGUCCCACUUUGACAUGCAACUCAAACUAGCUAGAAAAGGUAUAAAAGUGAUCGGUUUGGAUCGAAAGGAGAACAGAACGCCUAGUGCUGCUUCUCAGGCUUCACCAAAGGUUUCUAAUCGAACACCGGUUACAGUCAGACGCACCGCUUUCACAUUAAAUGAUAGCUUGCCGCCCGUUGGUAUGGACAGGAGGGACGAUGCCGCACCAGCACAGGCGUCUGCACUAGCUCAAGGAAUCAAUCAGCACUAUAUCAAGCCGUUUGUCUUGGUUAAUAACAUGCUGCGAUGUAAAUUCUGUGCUCAUCAAACGAACACCCCACAGAUGAUGAGAGAUCAUUUACAAUCUAAUCACGUGUUAGUGUGUAGAGCAUGCGGAAACGGAUUCGCACAUCGUGAAGCUUUGACGCGGCAUGGAAAAAUGGGGCGCUGCUCUAUGUUUUUCAAAGACGCAUCGGUGAAACAAAUUUCUGCUGAUUGUGGUGUGUGUAAGAAGAGGAUGUCGCUGGCCAAUGCGUAUCUUCACCUGUUUCGUGAACAUCUUAGUGCAGUGAUGUACGGGACUGUAUCUGGUCAGGUAUACCCCGAACACUUAAACCUUCAUGUUGAUGAAAGUCUGGCUGGAGUGAUCACAUUACCAGUGAAAGAAGUCGCACCGUAUACGUCGUCCUCCAACGUUGAUUCGCAUAAGGAUCGAACAAAUCGUGAAAUGAUGGUCUACAAACCACCCAAAAAUAUUCUCUGCUCAUGUUAUCUCUGUGGUAUGCAAAUGGCCAGUUUUGAGCAGUUGAACCGACAUUUGGACAAACAUGUUGAAAAAUGGACGAGGUGUCCAUUCUGUACUGAUUAUGUUCCUAUCGCUAAUCACGAAGCAAUGAAGACACACCUCAGUCAGAGACACAUGGAGAAAAAGGAUGGGAACUGGAGCUGUCGAUAUUGCCAACGGAUAUUGGCUCGCGGCAGCUACGCGCAUCUACUCUAUAUGUGCACUCAAACACGCAAAUGUGCGUUAUGUCGCGGAGAACAAACCAUGAAGAAUGCUGCCGAGAUGACCGUACAUUGGACAAAUAAACAUCUAGACAUACUAAGAAGAUUCCAAUGCUCCGAUUGUGGAAUGACGUUCUGUCACGUAGAGGAUUACUGGGGUCAUCAGUGCCGAUCCCACUUCAUGCAGCAAAAGUGCAGCUGCGGUUUUGGAGUAGUGUUCUCGUCUCGUACUGCUUUCCUCCUGCACUUUGGGAUGCAUAUCGAUGAAGCGAGCAUGAUGUGUAAAUUGUGCAAAUUCAAAUUUUCUUCCAGAGUAGCGUUGCAGAAUCAUCGUCUUUCGCAUGCAAUCAUGGUAAACAGCACAACAGGGCGGCAAAUGAUCAUUCUGGAUACGAAACUUGUUGUACCAGAGUUGCCGGGUGGAGACGAAAAGAAGCCGAGACGCUCAAAGGAAGUUGAUUCUCUGAUAGAGGAGAAACGAUUAAACGUGGAUAUAACUCUUGUCAUGCGCCAUAUUGUCCGCAAAGUCUGCGAAUCACUCGGCGAAGCAUACGAUCAGCCCAAAGAUUCGCCACCUCCACCGGAGCAUCUGGCUGCUGUUGAUAACGACGACGAUAUCAUAGAGAUUGAUAGUCUUCGUGUUGACGAUGACCUCGUGGGCAGUGGAGAGCCAUUAACGCAUGCUCAACAAACAGCUCUUUCCGCUGAGGUGCGCGUAGAAGCGGCGGACAAUGUUGGAGAUGCCGGUUCUGGAAUGCCUGGAUACGUUGAGGAUGAUGAUGAUGAGGGAGCAGUGGAAUUCAUUUCGUCCGAGAGCAAUCAGAAAGCCGAAACAGGACUUCCCGUUGUCAAAGAAGUGCAUGACGUGAAUGAUGACGAUGAUCUGCAAGUGGUUGCAGAAGUAGAAUAUGCCCCCGGUAAUUCAUCAGCAACGUCAGCAGUUGGUCGUGAAAAGAAAUACAAGUGCUCUCGAUGUAGUUGCACAUUCAUAACGGCCCAUGCCGCAAAGAUACAUGAAGACACUUCUCAUAGUACCGAUGCGGGCGGUAUCUGCGAUAAGGUUUUCGGAAUACCACUCAAAGGAUUCUUCUUUGUGUGCAGGAAUUGUUGUGCUGCGUUCGAAAGUCAACAGCAGUUCAAAAACCACAGAUUAUCACACGGUCCCACCGGCUCGGUUUCAUGUGGUGAGUGCUCCGCAAUAGCCUACAAUACUCCUUUAUUCGAGCACCAUAGAAAUGCUCAUGCAACCAAGGAUCGCCUUUUCUAUGGAUGCAGCCAAUGCAGCAUGAUGUUCCGAACGGACGCGCGCCUUAUGUUUCAUCUUCGCGAAGCUCAUGGCGUUCCACUUUUCUUCUUUUGUAAGGCGUGCCAUCUUGGUGGUACACACGAAAGGACCAUUUAUGCUCACGUUUCUGUGAAAUCGCAAAGAUGUCGUCAGUUUGGAAUACAAAAGAAUUGGACCAGUGUAAUGACAAUAGGAGUCUGUCCAGCGAAUGUGCUUCAUUAUCAGCCGAAAAACAUUGUUUCACACGAAGUCAUGAUGUCUCGUGGAUCGGUUGAGGUCGUGGUACCAUCAGAAUGCUCGCACCGAUCGUUUUUGGCUCCAACCGACUCGUUGAUAACUUGCAGAGAAUGUUUUUGUACGAUGACAGCUGCUUCGUUCACAGCUGCAGAGGCGUACAGAAACGGAGGCGUUUCAAAGGAGCUAGCUAUGUCACUUGAUAACGGAGUGGACUUCCCAUUCUUUUCAGUUUAUGAUCAGAAGCCUUGUGAAGCUGUUCCAUCGACUCCCGGACGUGCGAUAGCUCCCAGACCUUUGGAAACUCCAUCAUCAUCGUCUCAUCUUGGCAACGGUGUUAGGAAUACUGAUUCGCCUAGAAUAGCAAUGAGACCUCCACAAACGCAUGCCAGUUCGACUAGAGUUGCUGCUGUUGCGCCGUUGAUGAGCACGAGAGGGUCCCAACCACUAAAACGUCGUUCGACUGCUAAGGGUAGUAAUUCUGACGUCAUCACACUUAGCGACGACGAACCGGGUCCAUCAACUGCAAAACGGUUGCCACCGCCUGUACAGAAAUGUAGACUGAGCGACGGUAACGCUCUGAAAUGCAAGGUUUGCGACGCUCCAAUGCCAUCAGCACAAAUUUUAUCUCUGCAUGAGCUACACAAAAACGGAAUGAAAUGGUUCUGUCUGGAUUGCGCGAGCGCACAAAUGGAUGAGGUCGAAGCGAUGAAGCACUACUUCAGUGUGCACGUUAAAGUUGCUGAGCAAAGAGCCAUUGAGAGAGGUCAACUGUUCCGACCACUCCACUAUGACCUCCAAUGUCCAUUCCCAAAGUGCCGAGAACCGUUGUCAACGCUUACUAACCUGCGCAUACACAUAAAUAAUAAACAUCGAACUGAAACUGCGUAUACGUCAGGUGCAUGCAUGUUCCGAUUCUGUUCACCGUUUGCAAAAUCUAAACAUGACGGACAACAUUCAACAUAUGAAAGUGUGAAUGGUGUUGAAGGGACAUGUUGCCCACUUUGUGGAACGUUGAAUCAGUGGAAUAUUCAGAUGCCUGGAUCAACAUACACUAUGAGUCACAUAGCUGUUCAUGGUCUCCGCCGAUACCAUAUGUGCCGCGACUGUUUUGUAUGCUUUAAGGGCGACUACGACUGCGUUAGAAUGAAAACGCACUUCGAAACCACUCAUUGCACUACGAUUCCCAAAACGAACAAUCGUGAACUGUUGUGUAAGCUGUGCAGAGAAGUCGUGAUGAAGUCACAUCUUGCUGAUCAUGUUAUCGAAAAACACUUGGUGACCGGUUUCAAAUCGCGUGAUCCAAAGAACCAAGGCAAACUGAUAGUGAAGACCGGAGCAGUAACUCGUCGUUUUCUUGGUUUCGAUCGUAUUUACCAUGUUGGUGAUGAUUCUGACAUGGACUAA